AUGCCGUUCAGCAAGAAGCCCGCCUUCGAUGACUUGCCGCUGGACAAGACGGGUCCGCCCGGCAAUGCAUGGGGAUUAUUUGGACCCGACGACCAGUGUGGUAUGUUGAAUCUUCUCACCCCCGAUCGAACGCGUGCUGCUGCAAGCGAAAUCCGCGACGGGGUUCGCAUUUCCACCGACUGGCCACUGGAUCGUAUCACCACGCCCGCAUUCAAUCGGAUCCCAUUUGCCCAGACCAUCUCAAACAUCGCCCCCACAUCUGUCAACGAUGACAUUCUGCACUUCAACACCCAGUCUAGCUCGCAGUGGGACGGUCUGCGGCAUUUUGGCUACCAGGAACAGCGACUGUAUUUCAACGGCCGUACCCUCGACGACAUCCUGACUACGAAGAUUAAUGGGAUUCACACAUGGGUGGAAACCGGUGGCAUCAUCGGACGGGGGGUCUUGCUAGAUUAUGUCGCUUGGGCAGAGGCCAACCAUGUCCCUGUGAAGCCUUUCACAAGCCAGUCCAUCACAGUCACUGAUCUGGAGAAAGUGGCCCAGGCUCAAGGCACAGAGUUGAAUCCCGGUGAUAUCUUGUUCAUCCGAGCGGGCUGGGGACGGGGAUAUGCCCAACUAUCUCAAGAUGAAAUCUCUGCGAUGGCUAUCAUCCCCACGCCCCCGGCGAUCGGGAUCGAGUCGUCAGAGGCCACACUCCGGUGGCUCUGGGAGAAGGAAUUCGCUGCUGUCGCUAGUGACACCCCGAGCUUUGAGGCCUGGCCGUGCCAGGACUUCAAGUACUGGCUACAUGAGUGGCUGCUGGCCGGUUGGGGGCUUCCGAUCGGGGAAAUGUUCGAUUUAGAGCAGCUGAGCGAGGAGUGUCGAAAGAGGCAGCGCUGGUCAUUUUUUUUCACCAGCGUUCCAUUAAAGGUGAGUUAUACUGCCGACUGUGAUCCGUUGUUUCCCAAUUUAUUCAUAAUCCGCUUCCUCGACUAG